GCCGAAUGGCAAAAAAAAAACUCCAACUGACGCAAACUACUUUUUCCAACUAUCAUCCCAAAAAAAGAAUUAAAACAAAACAAAACUAUAAGACUCAAAAUAUUCCGCAACAGCCGUAAAAAAAGAAAAAAAAGAGAGAGACAAUGACUAGAGUCAAAACCUGCCCAAACUCGGUGUCGGCCGCAAGGCUGUUCCUCCAGGUCGCCGCCCAGAGGACCUCGCCGCCGCGCUUCUUCGACAUAUUCCUGCCGGACUCGACCAUCCGCUACUUUGCCACCACCAACAACGCACCCGCGACACGCCGGCAGCUGAGCACCGGGGUCGUCCCGAUAGCACAACAGCAGCAGCAGCAGCGGCACCACGGCUUCAGUCCCCGGAGAAGACAGCAUCAUCAUCACCACCUGCCGCCGGCGCCGCCGCCCACCCCGACCCUCGAGGCUAUCCUGCCGCUGGUGGCCGGCCGGCGCCAGUUUUCUGUCACCGCGGCGGCACGGGCCAAUGAGACCAAGACCCUGCACAACCCGCAGGUGGACGAGCAUGGGAACGAGAUGAGGUUGGAGAUAACGCCCCGAGCGGCAAAGCGCCUAUCCGAAAUCAUGAUCAAGGACAAGAACCCCCAGCUCGCCCUCCGCAUCCAGGUCGAGAGCGGCGGCUGCCACGGCUUCCAAUACCUGAUGCGACUGGUCACUCUGCCACCGACGCUCCCCAGCGCGACCGCAGAACCCGAGGAAGCUUCGUCAGAGGGGGAGCAGCAGUCGAUCGUAGGGGAGGACGAUACCAUAUUCUACUAUGACCAGGGCUCGGCCGAUCCGCUCGCGGAACCCAAGAUCAUCCUGGAUCAGCCGUCAUUGGAGCUGCUCAAGGGCAGCAAGGUCGACUUCACAAUGGAGUUGAUAGGUUCCCAGUUCAAGAUUGUAGACAAUCCUCUGGCGACGAGCAGCUGUGGUUGCGGUACCAGCUUUGAUGUCAAGAUAUAGACGACGGGAAAUUGAAGAGUAAAGAAUAAUGUAUAGAUAUAAAUUGUUGACACAACAACUAUUGACACGUAACAAUUCAAUCAAAAAUGUAUAAACAAA